AUGGAGAGCAAUACAGAACUAUCGGAGAUUGCACAGAUCCUGUGGGACAAUGAUAUUAACAGACUGCAGCCAGGGAUAGACUACAAGAUCAACCUUCAGGAAGAAUUGGUAUUGUUCAGACCUGGGCCACUCAGUUUGAAAAUAAUAAAUGAGAAUUUGUAUCUUCUCCCUGUUAAAGGUUGUAGCUACAAAGGGCAGCCUUUCCAAAACGGAGAUUCCUUCAUUGUUGAUACCUGUACAUCUUGUGUGUGUUUGAAUGGUGCUGUGUCCUGUGCCCCAGUGCAGUGCCAGGCUCUGAGCUGUAAAGACCCUGUGAAGAGACCUGGAUCCUGCUGUUCAGAAUGCCCCCACGGCUGUGCGGAUGGAAGAACUCACAAUGAGAGCUGGAAAGUCAAUGCCUGUACACAGUGCUCCUGUAAGAAUGGAAAUGUCCACUGCCAGGAGGUCGCCUGCCCUCAACUCACCUGUUUGGACCAGUACAUACCAGCUGGGGAGUGCUGCGCCAUCUGUCGGCCAGGCUGUGAAUAUGAAGGAAAGCAGUAUAUGAAUGGAGACAUUUUCUCAUCCACUGUUAACCCCUGUAUGAACUGUUCGUGUGUGAAUAACCUGGUGAGAUGUGUCCCUCUCCAAUGCCAGCCAUUGUUGUGUUCAAACCCGGUCCAGAUGCCUGGGCAUUGCUGCCCGAGAUGUCCAGGCUGUGAACUGGACGGAGCCACCUUAGACCACGGGCAAACAGUCAGUUCCCCAGACGGCUGUCAGACAUGUGUGUGUGCAAUAGCCAACACACAUUUUACAAAUUUGCAGUUUAGAAACAGCAUUCCCAAUUCACCAAUCGUGUUGCAGCCAAUUCGUGUCAACAAAAGAUGCAUUAGAGCAGACUCUGUUACAUUUAAACCCCACAUUGUUGUGAAGAGCUGGGGUGGAAGCACUGAUCCCUGCUGUACUCCACUACUCACUGGCUGCCACUCGGAAAAGGGCAGCUGUAUUUGGUUCGGGUAUCUUUCUUGGCCUUUGAAAGUCAGUUUCCUGCAUUUGUGUGCCCAAUGUCCUUUGGUGGAAGGACGAGUUGUGUGUGAAGAGAAAGUGUGUCAGACGAACUGCAGGAAUCCUGUGGCCCCGGCAGAUGGCAGCUGCUGUCCCCUGUGUGUUGCACACUGUUCUCUCGAUGGACAGGAAUAUCUGAAUGGGCAGAGGGUGUCCACUGGAGAUCCAUGUGUAGAUUGUAGCUGCCUGGACGGAGCGAUUCGCUGUGAGCCCGUGUCCUGUCAGCCAUUGAGCUGCAGGAAUCCUGUUCAGAAUCCUGGGGAGUGCUGCUCCAGUCCCACUCCCGGUGUGAUCCCGGUCUGUGUGUCACUCCGUCCCACUCCCGGUGUGAUCCCGGUCUGUGUGUCACUCCGUCCCACUCCCGGUGUGAUCCCGGUCUGUGUGUCACUCCGUCCCACUCCCGGUGUGAUCCCGGCUGGCAAUGUAUCCUGCCAUCGAAUGGACCGUAAUUGCCCCCCUGUUCACUGCAGUCAUCCGGCCUAUCAGGCAGGACAUUGCUGCCCAUCAUGUGACAUGUGCGAGUAUGAGAGUGCCCUCAUUGGCAAUGGCCAGAUGUUUCACCCCAUUUUUGGUGGACCCUGCAUUCAGUGCACUUGUUCAAAUGGUGACGUACAAUGUCAGGAGGAAAUCUGCCCCCCACUGAUCUGCAGUAACCCAUUCAGAGAUCCGGGACAGUGCUGUCCCACAUGUACAGUGUGUAUCAUGCAGGGGCUGGAGUAUGAAGAUGGAGCAGAAUGGGAACUGGAGGAGAGUCAAUGCACCACCUGUACCUGUGCCAAUGGUAAUGUCACCUGCAGACCCAAGCAAUGCCCACCUGUCUCCUGUCUACACCCAAGCUUAAACAAUGGAAAUUGUUGUCCAUCAUGUGAUCAAUGCACAUACAACAAGCGACAGUACAGGAAUGGCCAGGAGUUUAUCGACCCUGACAAUCCUUGUCAGAACUGUCACUGCCAGAGUGGGACCGUGCGCUGUACACCAACUGACUGCCUCCCAACAAGCUGCACACGGCCAGAGAGGAAAGCAGGGCAGUGCUGUGCGAAGUGCCCAGUUUCUCUGUCUCUCUCUCUCUCUCUCUCUCUCUCUCUCUCUCUGCAGUCUCGUUUUUUUCAAAUAUCUCAGUUAGUUCUCUCUGUGCAGAAUGGAAACGUGCAAUGUCUGUCCAGGAGAUGUCCCCCUAUCACUUGCAGUGAGCCAUUCCUCAUACCUGGAGAAUGUUGUCCUCAGUGUCCAGCUCCCCCGAGUGAAUGCCGUUACAAUGGCCUUCUUUACCAGCACAUGCAGCGUUUCUAUGACCCCUCCGAUGCUUGCCGUUCCUGUAUAUGUAACAACGGCACCAUCACCUGUCAGAGAAAGCCGUGUGCCCCCCUGCAGUGCUCACAUCCCAUCCUGCAGGAUUGUUGUCGGACCUGUGAUGGCUGCCUGUUUGGUGGGAAGGAGUUUGCCAACGGCGAGCAGUUUGCUGACGUGUCAGACAGCUGUAAUGUGUGUGUGUGCAGGGAAGGCAGUGUCUCCUGUGAACGAACCCCGUGCCCCGUGCUGGAGUGUCCUUUCCCCACACAGGGACCUUGCUGCAGAGUCUGUGAUGGGUGUAAUUAUAUGGGAGAGGAGUACCUGAAUGGUCAGGAGUUUCCUGGCCCCCUCGACCCCUGCAGCCGCUGUGAGUGUAUCAGUGGUUUUGUCAGCUGCUCAAGGAGGCCAUGUUACAGUCCAGGCUGCAGUCACCCCAUCAACCUCCCGGGACAGUGCUGCCCUGUCUGUGAAGGCUGUUACUAUGGCGGUGUUACUAUCGGUAACGGACAGACAUUCGCUGAUCCCACUGACACAUGCUCACAAUGUUCCUGCCGGAGCGGCUCAGUACACUGUGUGAGGGCAUUGUGUGCCCCAGCUCCGUGCUCCCAUCCCAUCAUUGGACGCUGUGACUGUCCCCAGUGUGAUGGCUGUCACUUCCAAGGUGAAGAUUAUGCGGAAGGAGCAACAUUCCCAUCUCCGAAAGGAAAGUGUGAGGAGUGCCGGUGCCAGAAGGGACGAGUGAUCUGUGACGCCAAACGCUGCAAAAAAGCGUCAUGCCCCCACCCAUCAAUCAACGUUUGCAGCUGCCCAGUGUGUGAUGGCUGUCGUUACGAUGAGAGAGGUUAUAAAAAUGGUGAAAGGUUCCCAGACCCAAGUGACAAAUGUAACCGCUGCGCCUGUCGGAAUGGUCAGGUUACCUGUCAGCCUGUGUCCUGCCCAUCCGUCAGUUGUCAAAAUCCAGUGACCCCUGUUGGGGAAUGCUGCCCGCAGUGUACUGGCAUCUGUCAUUACCUGGGACAGGUCUAUGAGAGCGGAACCACUUUCAACUCCCCCUCUGACAAGUGCUCAAAGUGCACCUGCCUGGCUGAGAUGGUGACCUGCUGGAAGAGACCGUGCUCCAAACAGUGCACCCACCCAGUUGUCAGCUCAGCCUGUUGUCCCGAGUGCGAUGGCUGUUCCUUCGAGGGCAUGGAGUACGAAAAUCGAGAAACCUUCUUCCCUCCAUCCAACCGGUGUAAACGCUGCAGCUGCCUCGAUGGCAGUGUGUUGUGUUUGGAUGUUGUUUGUCCAAAGGUAACCUGUUCGGAGCCCGUGACAAAAGCAAAAGCAUGCUGCCCAGAGUGCCCAGUCUGUAUCCAUCACGGCAAACAGUAUGAAGGAGGAUCACACUGGGUUUCAGCAGUGAACCCCUGCCACACAUGUACAUGUACGUGGGGAGAAGUGACCUGUUUGGAGCCAGAGUGUGAUGCCACAUGUCAACACCCUGCACAGAUUCCAGGCCAGUGCUGUCCUGUUUGUCGGGAUUGCUACUAUGAAGGGAAUGUCUACAGCAACAGGGAAACGUUCAAACCGGACGCCUGCAGGGACUGCUCAUGUAACGAUGGUGAUGUGCUGUGUUUGCCCGUCAAGUGUCCAACGCUUAGCUGCAGGCAACAGAUAACAAAGCCGGGAUCUUGCUGCCCACUGUGUCGAGGCUGUAUGUACAAUGGGAAGGAAUACCAGGAGGGAGGGACCUGGUCUGCACCCACAAUCCCCUGCAUGACGUGUAUGUGUGUGGAUGGGGUCACCACCUGCUCCGCGAUUCAUUGUAUCACUCCGUGUGUGAAUCAGAUCCACGUUCCUGGAGAGUGCUGCCCGCUCUGUGCAGACUGCAUCUACAAUAACCGUAUAUACAGCCCAGGUGAGAGUUUCCAGCCAAGCAGUGACCCCUGUGAGAUCUGUACCUGUGAGGUGAUGCUGGAUGGAGAGCAGCACUUACAUUGUUACCGCCAUCAGUGCCCCAGUCUUGUGGACUGCCCAAGGAAUCUGAUUGUGGCUCCAUCGCCUGGUCACUGCUGCCCCAGCUGUGCCCAGCCACUGAGUAACUGUACUGCUGAGCUGCUUGGAAGUGAGCUGCUGUCUUCUGCUGACCCCUGUUACAGCUGUCAUUGCAAGGAUUUGACCUGGAUCUGUAUCCAUCAGAGCUGCCCCUUACUGAGCUGCUCCGUCUCGGAACAAUACACUCCAGCUGGUUCCUGCUGUCCAAUAUGUGAUGAAUGUGUGGUUGAGGCUGAAAACCAUCGCGUUUCCGAUGGUGAGACCUGGACUGAUUCUGUCGAUGAAUGCAUAACAUGUUCCUGCAACCUUGGACACAUUGAGUGCCACAUCAAGGAAUGUCUUUCUGUUAUCUGUCAUGAUGGUCUGAUCAAGGUCCGUUCUCCAGGGCAGUGCUGUUAUGAAUGCCAAGAUCCCCGGAUCUCCUGCAGCUACCAGGGACAGAGGUACCAGUCAAACCAGCACUGGGAAGUGGAUGAGUGUACCACCUGCACCUGUAUCUCCGGAGAGGUUCACUGUCAAACUGAGCACUGCCCACCAGUCACCUGUUCAUCGGACGAGAGCCCGGUGCUGAUUCCAGGAAUGUGUUGCCCUCACUGCAUUCCUCGCCCUGCCACGUGUAUGGUAUUCGGUGACCCCCAUUACCUCACAUUUGACAGAAAGAUGAUCCACUUCCAAGGAGCCUGCAGCUAUGUUCUGGCAGAAGACUGCAAGGGAGGGGACUUCAGUAUCCACGUGACCAACGAUGAUCGAGGUCGGAAGGGAGUGUCAUGGACCAAGGAGGUGACCGUGCUGAUCGGGGAGCUGAUUGUCCAACUUCUCCAAGACUGGCUCGUCAUGGUGGACGGUCGCAGUGUGUCUCUGCCUUUUCUCAAGGAGCCAUAUAUCUACAUUGAGAGGAGAGCCAACAGUGUCCUGCUCAACACCAACAUCGGUGUGAAGGUCCUGUGGAAUGGGAAAUCCCAUUUAGAAGUCAGCUUGCCUGGAACAUACAAAGGGCAGGUGUGCGGGCUUUGUGGAAACUUCAACAACUACCCCCAGGAUGACAUGCGGAUCCGCAGCGGGCAGAUUGUCACCUCUGAGGCAACAUUUGGUAACAGUUGGAAGGUACACAGUAAUAACCAGAGCAGGCUGCUCUGUCCAGAUGCAGAAGAUAUUGACCCCUGUAAACAGGCGGGUUACCGAGCUCGCAAAGAGGCCAAUGCCAAGUGCAAGAUCCUGAAGUCCAAGGUGUUUGAGCAGUGUCAUGCGGUUGUGCCACCUGAGAUGUUUUUCAGCUCCUGUGUCUAUGACCUGUGUGCUUGUGGUUCCAAUAUCGACGACUGCUUGUGCGAUGCUUUGGAGGCUUAUGCAUCUCAGUGUCGAGAAGCUUCACUUGUCCUGAACUGGCGAUCACCAACACUCUGUGCUGUCGGUUGUCCAUCUGAUCGUGGUUACGUGUUUGAUGAGUGUGGCCCUCCGUGCCCUAAGACCUGUUUUAACAAAGAUGUUCCCCUGGGAGUGAUUGAUGCUCACUGCUUCAAGCCUUGUGUUCCAGGCUGUCAGUGUCCUGCUGGUCUAGUGGAACAUGAAUCUCAUUGUAUAGCACCAGAGACCUGUCCAAAAAUCAUCUACGGGAACCUGUGAUUGACACAAUGACAGAGACGAACGCAGAUACACGCGCGCGCACACACACACACAUACAUACCCGUCAGACACUGCUAGUACAUUUAUAGUCAGUGUUUUACUGUAUACAGUAAUGGAUAGGAGGAAACGCAGAAAUAACAGACCAAACUCAUCUUGUAAUGUUGGCUGACACACUCCAAGCAAAGACCAGCUAAAACCAGAGACAAUCUCUUCAAACACACAGAUCACAAAGUCACGUACGAUGGGACUCUCUCUGGCUGACUGGUGAUUGGAUAACAGAUAUACAAAGGUGCUUACAUUCAUUUUCUACUUUCAUUCAAGUCACUGUUUCUGAGCAUCAAGACUCACCUGACUAGUACUUCACUGUAUUAUGUAAAUUAGGUUUUCAGUAUUUUUGUGGUUGUUAAGAGUGGGAAUCAUAGUCCUGUGGCACUAUCUAAUUAAAAACUGUCUAAGCGAUUCUAUUCUUGUUUAAAGGUUCAGAGUGGGAACCUCAGUAUUCCUGAACUCAGACACAUUUCUGAUCAGUGUGGACAUCCCAAGCACAGAUUAGAUACAAUGCAAACUCUUUCUGCGCUGUCCCAUCAAACAUUCCCAGGACAGGAACAGCAUAGGUUGGAUAUAUGGUAAAGAUCCGAUAACCCUGUUACCAUCCCAUCCUAUCACUUGCCAGAGCUCUGUUCAUCAAUUGUUGAUUCCACCUUUGCUUUUUUUUUUGCUGAACAACAUUAAUCGAAUUAAUGAUUGCUAUGGAAGGGCAUUAUCCCAACAUCCUUCGCAGCAGUGAAAAUCCUCGAAGAACUCCAUAGGUCAUAUGGUUUCAGAGGAUUAUAACUUCCUCACGAAACACUAUAAAUACCUCCAUCUUAAGUUGUUACUUAAAAAAAGAGGAAACACUCCAACUAUCCUGUGGAAGGAAACCGAGAAAUAGAUAUUGCAAGAAAGGCAAAAAUGGAAAGGAGACUAACUCCUCUACUUAUCUUUGCCUGAUAUUGAAGGGUGUAUUAUAUCAACUUGAACAGAGAGAUGAGACCUAGCUAAAUGUUUCAUCUGAAAGAUGGCUCCCUCAGCAGUGCAGUGUUCCCUCAUUGCUGCCCUGGGUGUGUCAGUCUCGUUUGUGUGCUGUGGUCCCUGAAGUGGGCUUUGAACCCAGGACCUUUCUGACUCAGGCAAGAAUGCUACCACUGAGCCACAUCCAACACCAUAACUGACAUGUGAGGAUCCCUGAGCAUGUGUGACAGACACAGGCGCUCAGUUGUUUGAGAAUCUGAUGUAGGAUCUAACGGUAGAACCUACUUUGGAAAGGUAAAUCCAAGUUUGACCAUCUUGGAGUGAGACUGUCCUCUGAUCUGGAGUUCAGACUUAAGGUGCAAAACUUAUUCAAAAUUAUUCAUACUUACGUAAUCACUGAGGAGUGUUGAUGCCUAGUGUACACUCUGCAAUAAAACUAAGUUUUUCAACCAUU